AAAGCCGUGAUACCAAAGCUUUUCCAUUCCUCUCUUCUUCCUCCCUUUCUCCUCCUCGCCACCUAACGUCGUCGACGCUCGCCGGCGGCGAGGUGUGAUAUCUGUGCGGUGAUCAUCGAUGGGGCCUCAGCAAGACCGGUCGGCGGCCAAGCCGUACGCGAACGGCAGCACGGCGGCGGCGGCGGCGGCGGGGAGGAAGGAGAACAACAAGGUGGUGCGGUACAGGGAGUGCCAGCGCAACCACGCCGCCAGCAUCGGCGGCCACGCCGUCGACGGCUGCCGCGAGUUCAUGGCGUCGGGCGCCGAGGGCACCGCCGCCGCGCUCCUCUGCGCCGCCUGCGGCUGCCACCGGAGCUUCCACAGGCGAGAGGUGGAGGCCGCCGCCGCCGAAUGCGACUGCUCCUCCGACACCUCCUCCGGCACCGGCCGCCGGUGAUCGCCGUGGAUUUGAUUCGGCCUCGUCGUGCGAGUAGAUCAGCAUCAUCAGCAGGUAAGGUGGUAUUGGCGAUUUGGCAUUCAAAGGAUUCGGUGGAUGAAUGAAUCUGAUUGUGUAUGAACCGAUUAAAAAGUUCUCUUCCUUUUUUUCUUUCAUAUUUUGAUUUUUGGUGAAUUGAUGGUGUGUAAUGUAACAUAAUAUAUGUUAAAAAGCAUACGCAUAAGAAGCGUUCAUGUAACUGCUGUGUCCAUGUACAGAUUAUAUUCAGAUGAACAUCUUAAUUAUAUUCUGUAAAAUAACUGUGCUUUUCCGUUUGACUA